AUGACCAACACGAGCUAUGAAGUAGCCGCCGUGCAUGAAAAUGAUGGCACCCGCUUCACCAGCAUCCUGCCUCCGCCCAUGGGUCUCCUCGACGGCUAUGACAACAGACUGCCAUGCAGCAAGCAGAAGAUCGACGUCCCUGAGGUCUUUCGCCACGCCAUGGCCGUCCGCGAAGAGGUCUACGGCCAGCAGGGGAUUCCCCUCGAGGCCGAGUUCGACGAAGACGACGCCCGGAGCUGGCACUGGGUCGUCUACGCUUCGGUUAGCACGCCUAAGGGUUCUCCAACCGAGUCGUCCAGGAAAGCGCAUGCCAGUGCACCAAAGGAUCCCGUCGAGCAGGCCGUGGCCCGCCGUCCCUCUGCCUCGCGCACUCCUGUGGGAACCAUCCGCCUGAUCCCCCCACCUCAUGGCGCGAGCAAGUACCGUCGAGACAGUACGCUAGACGACAUGCACACUGACAAGGAUCCGCCCAGUGACAGCGGCAACAGUAAGCACCCUAACGAGCCGUACGUCAAGUUAGGUCGUCUCGCUGUGCUGAAAGAGUACCGGGCUAUGGGCCUUGGUAAGCUACUCAUCAACGCUGCCCUCGAUUAUGCCACCCAACACCCCGACAACAUUUACCUUCCGCCUACGACAACCAUCGUGGAGCUGGCAACCCUACAUGGCCACAACACCGAACUGCAGUACCUCAUGUGGCAAGGUCUUAUCAUGAUCCACGCCCAAGCAGGCCUCCAGCACAUGUGGGAGAAGAUGGACUUCCACGAGCAGCUCAAGAACGCCCAGGGCGAGGUGGAGAUGGAAGCCGAGCCUCACUGGAUGGAAGAGGGCAUCAAGCACGUGGGGAUGUGGAAGAGGCUGAACAUUGUGAACGCAAGGUUGUAA